GUCAGCCCGGUGGAUGACACUUCUCGUUAUUUCGGUUUACUUUCGGUUCUUCAAGAUGUAAUUGGCCCAACUACUCAGGAGGACGGUGAAACACUCACACCUCGACCUGUUGGCAUGAACGAUAUUUUUUUGCAAAAUUCCCAAGCAGAAACCGCCGUGGUUGGUUUCUCCCCGGACGCUUCUUCCAUGGAUAUUUCUACGUUAAUGGAAGAAUCAGAUUUAUGUGAUACCCAGGACUCUGUUGUUGAAGUGCCUCAAGAUGUCGGGGAGAUACAGGAGAUACUCGCAGGUCAUGAUAUCGACUCGGAUGAUUAUAAAGAGGCUAGGGAUAUAUGUCCCUCAUAUGUGGUGGAUGAUGAGGAUGGGGCAGAAGAACAGGAACAGGAUUCCAGAGAGGCCGGAGAAGAUAACUCGCAAUCUACUUCCAUGACCGUCUUGCGGUUCCCCACUCCGCCUUCCAGGUUCUCUUCUACGAGUACUGCCAGCUCUGUCUUGUCGCUCCUUGCAUGUCCUCAUGACCUUACGGAGGAGCCCUUGAACAACCCGGGACAAGAAGCUUACAACAACCUUCUGUCCCCCGUCGAGCUUUCUGCACGCUUGCGACCUUUCUCAAUGUACAGCUAUAACUUUCCGCUAAAGCGGGAAGACUCUAUCGACUCGGGCUAUGCCGACAGUUGGACGGGACCGGCACUGCUAGCGCGUUCUCCACCUCAUUCCACGCGCAAUAGCAUUGCAUUCGAUUUGAUUCCCUUUCGCCGUGCUUCAGUAUCUUUGUUACAAGAUCGACGCGUGUCAUACGAUGUUCGCGGCGUUCGACCUCCCCCCUGCCAACCGGUGGUGGCCGAAGAGCAUGACGAUGACGCAUCCUCGACUUUAUCUAUUUUAGAUGCCUAUGAUCUUUCAUCUGAUCUCGACGAGGAGCCUCUCUCCACCACCGUCCGUCUCGCUGGGAUGGGGUUAACACUUCCUUUAAGUCCUCCAGCAGAAUCAUCCUUUCCAAAACAGCCAUCCGUUUUCAUUUCCGAGAGUGCGCCCAUUCAUGAUAGCACCUCAGAAGCAUCAUCACUUCAGCCUGAUUCCGUGCCUGAGGAUGACACUGGAUGUGCGUUUUUCGAUACUGACAGCCCUCUAAAGUCGCUGGUUUCUCCGCCUUCAUCUGCGACUCGCCCGUCCUUUGUCAAUGGGAUUUUUCCAUCUCAGGAAGCAGUGCUUGUCGGCAUGAAAUUUUCCAGUCUCCCGGCCUCUCCACUACCCGAACCCGCUGCGUGCGACGUUGAUAUCGUCAGCAGAGUCAAUGAUGUCAUGGCACUCUCCUCGGUUUCCUCGUAUCCGAGUGAUACCGAGUUUAUGGAGGGAGAAUUGUCAUCAAAGGUCUCGCUAUUAUCUGUGGGCCCUUUCCCGUCUGGCUGCUCGUCUCCGAAUACGUCCAUACUCUCCGUUGAGUGUGACUCCAUGGUUGACGACAUGACUCAAGAAACCGUUUUCUCUCACCCUGCCUCGCCACAGCAGAGUGGUUUUGCACCGGCGCAGUCCAAUUCAUCGUCGGUAUGGGAUGAUGAUAAUAUGGAUCGAUAUGAACUUCAUGGAAAUCAACACCAUACAAGCGACCCAACGGAAAGUCAAGAGUCGUCCAUUGUUCACCCCAACGAGCGGCCAAGGAUAUCCCGUGAACUUCUAGCCCAUAUCGGGCAUGUAUUUUCCCUUUCCGACGACAUACUAGUGCCUACAGGGGAUGCUCUAGACACAACCGGAAGUGGUACAGGUGUCCAGACUGAUGAUCAUGGUGAUUCCUGGCAUAAUGCUCUGGAUGCGGAUGUGCGACAGGCUUUGCGCAUGUCUUCAAUGCCUCCUGUGGCGUUCUUAUCUGAUGAUGCAGACUUCGAUCACGACGAGGCCGGCGUGCGCACGUCUUGGGGUUCUCAAUUGGGCGACUUUUCCAUCAACCUUCGUCGUCGGAGUGGCGCAGAAAAUGUCUUGUCCGUCGAGGAAGGUAUGAGUGUUAGCCUUGUUGAACUUGACGAGAGCGAUGCACUUUGUGGCCAAUCGAGCACUGGAGGCCUCUUGGAUGACAUGGUAUCUUUACCAGUGGCCUUGGAGACUCCUGCCGAGCAAGCCAUCGGAACUUAUGACAUAGAUGCAUUCCUACUUCAGGAAAAACGGGAUAUCCAGACAGCUCAUUUUCACGACCAAUCACUAGUUGACACCAAUACUGUCAACGACUCCUCAGCUGCGACUUUCAGCUCCGCAGAUGCUCCAUCGAUCAUUGAAUUUGUACAGAGGAGUCGUGCUAUCUCAGAUGCCACCGUGAAACCUGAUUCACGGUCUCCGGGUGUUCCUUGCUUUUCUCCGUCACCCAUGGCCCUCACCCCGGCUAACCUUGUCGACAGUAAUUUGGACGAACAUGCAGACUUCCCGCAAGCACUUGACGAUCGAAACGUGGAUGCACACUUGCCAAGUAUGGAGGCUAUUGACGUGGAACUAGCCCAUGAGACGGGGGAAUCUCCGAAUCUACAUCCGGCAUCUGUUCUUGAAUCAACAAUACAUGAUCAUGAGGAGAAACAGUCUUCCAUGUUAGUCAGGAUGGGGUCCCCUGCGACACUUAGAGCUCCAUUGAAUCUGACAAUACGCAUUCCAUCGACCAUUGAAGCUCAGCCAUCCUCAUCGUCUACUGCUCAGAGUCUACCACUCAUUCUAUCUCUCUCGAAUGGACGUGAUACGAAGCGAUGGUUCUCCUCCCAUACAGACGGGUUUUCGUCUGCAGCAAAUAGUCCCUCUCUCUCCGCUCCAGUAAUAUCAAAUCUUCCGUCGCGCGAAGCAGGGAGCACAAAGGUGGCGUUGGGUUUUCGACGUUUCAAUCCACAGUUUGUAGCCAGAAGGCCAUUGCAGCGUACUCAGCCCUCUCCUGUUUCACAUGUCUUUCAUCCAGCAGCGAGACGAGAGAGUAACGCCGCCAGUGCGAACGCUGCCCCGCAGCAGCUCGACUUCUUCCCACCGAACCUACCAUCGUCCGAUCGGCUCCUAUCUCCCAUUGAACUGCAACAAGAACCAUCUGCUACUGGAUUAAAACCUCUCAAGCUGUCUAGUUUGCUUAAUCCGAGGUCGUCUGUAUCAUCGUCCUCGUCCAUCAUGUCUAAUAUAUUAUCCGGUCACUAUUUCGAAUUCCUUUUCGGUGAUUGCAGUACUCAUCCUUGAAUAUAGAUCAUAUCUUCAACUCGUCUUCACCUCAUUCGCCCAAUGUAUCGUCUAGUACUUCGCUAUCGUAUAAUUCACUGCUGCCUUCACCAUGUUCAAGCAUUCCCGAGCAUAUUCCCGAGCAUAUUCAUAACACCCUCACACCCGUUCACGUUACUCCAUCAUUGUUUGCAUUUACUCCUGCACCUUCGUCUCCUGUUCAUCCUGCGCAGAGGGAAUGUCAGUCGCACUCUGCACCAGUUCAACAGGCUCCAUCUUGGCGCCUUUCGCGUUAUCGAGGAGACUCUCAUGAUGUUAAUCGGCCGCUCCACCCCUCGACACGUCGACUGUCAACUCUUAGUUUGACAUACGACGAUGAAGAGGAAGAUACCGAUAA